CGGUUCGGCCUCGUCAAGUCCCGUUUACCACUUGCUAAGUAGUAGUUCUUACUUCUGAGUCCUACUGCUGGAGUCGAAAACCCUCCUUAAGCCCUCAUUUCAAUUAUGUUCCUCCAACGCACCACCCUUCCGUGGAAAUCCCUUCAUCUCCGGCGAUACACCCAAUCAACCGCCACAGCGGUUCUCCUCCACGACGCCGGUUCCCCUCUGACCCUGCUGGAAGGGGAGGAGGAAUCCUUCCCUCGCCCCGACCCCAAGUACGCCGAGACGAUCGUCGCGAUUCCUCGCUCCACCUCCGGGAAGAGCAUCGCCGCCAAGGAGCGCAAGGCCGGGCGCCUUCCUAGCAUAGUUUUUGAGCAGGAGGAUGGCCAGCACGGCGGCAACAAGCGCCUCAUCUCCGUUCAGAGCAACCAGAUCCGCAAGCUCAUCAACCACCUCGGCCGCAUCUUCUUUCUCUCCAGGCUCUUUGAUCUCGAGGUCAGGUCUGCCGGCUUUGACUCCGUCGACAUUGUGGAGAAGGUCCGCGUUUUGCCUCGCAAGCUUCAUCUCCAUGCUGCCACAGAUGCACCACUCAAUGUUACUUUCAUUAGGGCCCCAUCACAUGCUUUCUUGAAAGUUGACGUUCCUCUUGUAUUCAGAGGAGAAGAUGUAUCCCCUGGACUGAGGAAAGGAGCUUAUUUGAAUACCAUCAAGAGAACUGUUAAGUAUCUGUGUCCAGCAGAUGUGAUCCCUCCUUAUAUUGAUGUUGAUCUGAGUGAAAUGGACGUUGGCCAGAAGGUGGUAAUGGGAGACCUAAAGGUUCAUCCAGCCUUGAAGCUUCUUCAGUCAAAAGAUGAGCCUGUUUGUAAUAUUGUGGGAUCCAGGGUAUCUGAUCAAAAGAAAUCUAAAUAAACAGCUUCUUUUAUUGAGGUUGAUGGCAUGGCCCCUUUAUUUGUUUACAAAAUUAGCCGCAGUCAUCAGAUGUCGCUGAGCUAACAUGUAUCACACAUCGACGUUUUGUUACAAAUUUGUUGGUCGUAGUAGGGCGCAUAAGGGCAUGAAAUGUGAACGUAAGCUCCACGACCCACCCCCUCACCUUUUCUUUUGAUUUUCUUUCAUUUUUUUUUUCUCAUUUCCCAUUUUCAUGCUGUUUUUUGGAUUGAAAUGUUGUGGUGCAGUGCGUUAAAUGGAUGUCAUGGGGGGUGGUCAUUUUUGCUA